AUGAAUGUACUUCGUGGUUGUCGUUUUUGUUCAGUUAAAACGUCAGGUAAACCUGCAGCACUUGAUCCAAAUGAACCACAAAAUACGGCUAUUGCAAUAUAUAAGUUUAAUAAAACAACAAAAACCAAAUCUAGUAAAAAUAACUCCCCAUCAGAACUUAUUACUUUAAAUGAAAGACCAAAAGCAGAUUCGAUUGUAAUUAGAAAACGUAUUAAUCGAGAAACUUAUACAAUACCCGAACAAUGUAAAGAUUGUCCUGGUGAAAAUGGAGGAGGUGUAUCAUUAACAGCAAAUGAAUCAAAAGAUUUAGAUGCGGUUAUGAAAAAAGAAUUUUUUAAUUUACGUGCAAGUGAUAAAAUCUCAUUGUGGAGAUCAAUACCUGAUACUCGACAUGAAUUAUGUAAAAUAGUAAAAUAUCCAGAUGAUUUACCAAGUGCAUCCGUUGUAAUAGUAUUUAAAAAUGAACGUUGGUCACCAGUACUUCGAACUGUUUAUUCAGUUUUAAAUCGUUCACCGAAAAAGUUUUUAAAAGAAGUUAUUUUAGUUGACGAUCAAUCAGAUAUUGAGGAAAUGGGUCAAAAAUUAGAUGAUUAUUGUGAAGAACAUUUUGGUGAAUUAGUUCGAGUUUUACGAGCACCUAGUAGACUUGGAUUAAUUAAAGCGAAAAGUUAUGGAGCAAAACAUGCUACAGGUGAUGUUGUUGUUUUUCUUGAUGCUCAUUGUGAAGCUAAUACUGGAUGGUUAGAACCUAUUCUUGCUCGAAUAAAAGAAAAACGCUCUGCAGUUUUAUGUCCAAGCAUUGAUUCGAUUAGUGAUCAGAAUAUGGCAUACGGCAAUUCAGGUUUAGGAAGUGUAGGUGGUUUUUGGUGGUCAUUGCAUUUCCAAUGGAUCCCGAUUCCAAAACGAAUACGUGAUACACAAAAAUCCAAAAUUGAUCCGUAUCCAUCACCAACAAUGGCGGGUGGACUUCUAGCUGCAAAUAGAGAAUACUUCUUUGAAAUCGGUGGUUAUGAUGAAGAUAUGGAAGUAUGGGGAGGUGAGAAUUUAGAAUUAUCAUUUCGUACAUGGAUGUGUGGUGGUAGUCUUGAAUUUGUUCCAUGUUCUCGUGUUGGUCAUAUCUAUCGACCAGGUCAUCCAUAUAAUAUGACUGGAGCAAAAGGUAAAGAUGAUGUUCAUGGUCGAAAUUCUAUGCGUUUAGCUGAAGUUUGGAUGGAUGAAUAUAAACGUUUAUAUUAUGUGCAUCGAGGAGACCUUAAAGGAAAAGACUAUGGUGAUGUUGAAGAUCGUCGAGCAAUUCGUACUCGUUUGAAUUGUCAUUCAUUUAAAUGGUAUCUCGAGAAUGUAUUUCCAGAAAAAUUCAUUCCAGAUGAAAAUGUUCUUGCAUAUGGAGAAGUGAAAAAUUCGAAUUCACAUUUAUGUUUGGAUACGCUAGGUAAAGAUGAAAAAGGAACAAUACCAUUAUCAAUUUAUUCAUGUCAAAGUACUGGAUCAGCUAAUCAAUAUCUUUCAUUAACGAAAGAUUAUCAAUUACGUCGAGAAGAUGGAUGUGCAGUUACUUCAGAUUCCAUAUCAAUUGUUUUAAUUAAUUGUAAUCAUAGUGAUCAUAAUCAAACAUGGACACAUGCUAAUAAUGGAACACUUGUCCAUCAUACAAGCAAUCUUUGUCUUGAUGUUGAAGGUCUUUCAAGUAAUGAUCAAAUUAAAUUAAAAAAAUGUGAACCUAAUAAACUAUCGCAACAAUGGUUAUUUAAACAUUAUUCAAAAUGA